AUGGUCUACACAAUCGUUGUCCACAUGCGCGCGAAGCCCGAUGAGGAGUCUAUCUCCAAGCUCCACGCCAAGCUCCUGGAGGCCUCGGCCGUUUACUCGAAGGAUAAGGAGACUCUCUCCUGGUUCGUGAUGCAGUCGGUCCAUGACAAGCAGGACUUCUGUAUUGUGGAGCGGUAUCUCAAUGAGGGCUCGCAGAAGUAUCACCUCGAGAACCCUUACUGGAAGACUUUCGAUCCCUAUGUCAUUCCUCUGUUGGAGAAGGAGAUGGAUCUCCGGAGAUUCGAGGAGUUGGUUCCUGAGGGUGAGGAGAACAAGUAA